AUGGUACGAGGCAGAGGCAAGUUCCGCAGGGGCGGAGGACGUCACUUCACUCGGGAUCUCGACCCUCGCUCAGCUCAGGCAGAGGCAGAACGCAACAAGAAAUCUGCAGGACGGUGGGCAGAGUCUGACGAAGAGAGUGGCGAAGAAGAGGACGAGGAGGACUCCGAGGACGAGUCUGGCUCGGGGGAGGAUAGCGAGGGAGAUAGCGACGGCCUCGGCUCAGCUAAGGUCACCAAGCGCGGCACAGGUGAUGGCUCAGAUCCGACUGCGAGCGUCGUCCUGCAGCCUGCCAGGCUAUCUGAGCCACCGUCAACAGCGAGCGCACGGCCGGGUCCGUCGGCACUCAAACCCAAGGCCAACCUGGGCAACGACGAGGAUGAGGAAGAGGAUGUUGCAAAGUUGCGAGCCCAGCGACGAGCGGACAAGGCCAAGAAGAAGAAGAAAGCCAAACCGUCCACGGGCGUCAAGUUUGCGGGCGACGGGGACGAGGAAGAGUCAGAGGAAGAUGCAGACGAGGCACUUGCGAGAGACCCCUCGGUCUCUAUGCAGUCCAAUGCGGGUCUCACCAAGUCGAUGAAGCUCUCCUCGAUCGGUACAGCCCAGCCGGGCGCUGCGCUUUCUCGCAAGGAACGAGAAGCGCAAGAGAAGAAGGCCGCCAAGGAGCGCUACUGGGCAAUGCAUCAGGCUGGCAAGACCGACGAGGCAAAGGCAGACCUCGCCCGGCUCAAUCGAGUCCGUGCCGAACGCGAAGAGGCCAAGCUUCGCCGAGAGGCCGAAGCAGAAGCGAAACAGCAAGCAGUCAAGGAAAAAUUAGAGGCUUCAGGACGCGGAGGCAAGCGACGCCGUGCCGCCCCGCAAGAGGUGAUGCUUGUAUCAUGCAUUGUCAUUGCUGUCUUUCGAGAUCGUCCUGGCUUCGACGCGCCGUCGAGCAAGCAUGCCUUCGGGUGCAGCUUGCGCGUUCACUCCUCAGCUCACACUCGGGAACCCACUACCGACACAUCGCCUGCCAGAAUGUCUUCCGCCGCGGGGUGUGAUUCAGUCGACAGCUCGCGCAUCUACAACGGUAGCUCGCCUUAUUCCUACGUGACAGCUGCUCACUCGGCCACCCGCGUCUCACCCGAUACUUCACCUGCAGCUCGACGAGUCUUUAAAACCCCACUUUCCUCCGGCUUCAUUCUGUCUCAGCGUAUCGCAACGCUUGCUCGCCCUGUGCACUCGCGUCCAAUUCUCGUUCAUCAGCUGCCGGAAUCGACAGAUGAGCCAGAUCGCGCUCGCUUUGCUUUGGCCAUGCUUUCACCAAGCGCGUGGAGAUCUCACAUGGCAAAGCAGAACUAUGUUCAGCCUGAUCUCACUUGGGGCCUCGGCCGCUACGACCAGACAGCAUCCUUGUGUAGUCAAUCGGAAGAGGAGGUUCGUUCGCUUUGCAGCGCUCCAUCUAAGCCCAGAGAGGCUAGUCAUGCUACGAUGUCAGGCCGAUCGCUCACACCAGGAUCUCAUAGCGCCUUCUACGCAUCUGCCGAUGGUCCAAAGCCACCUAGUACAUCUCGGUGGAUGCUAUGCCAAGGCGAGCAAGAUCUGCGCCUGAUGCCGUACACGAGCCAUUCGCCCGUGUCCCAUGGCCGCGUCUCAACUUCGAACUCCGUCGUGCUCGAUCAAUUCAGACGCGACGGCUGUCACUACGAGCAGCAUGACUGGCGAGCUAUGCAAAGUGUCGAGCAAUGGCGCCGCGAGGAGGCUGGUUCUCCUAAUACAACAUGGACUAACGUCACCACGAAUCUCGGUGAUACUUUGACCAAUGCCCUCGAGGGCAAGUACAAGUUACAUUUUCGCUCAGCCACACAGAUGUCGAUUCUUUCUGGCUAUACGCUGCCCGAUCCGUGUUCAAGCCCGCCCGCUCUGUCAUCUUCCACAAACGAGCUACCUGUGGCACGCCCAGAACCAGCUCUUCCGCUCACCAUGUCUCAGAACUGCAGCAAAUCUGUCACUAGGCAGAUGCUCUCACGCGGCUCAUCAAGCCCUCACGCGACACCCCGCCUAAAUUUUUCGCGGUACCGUUCGUCGAAUGUACGCGGCCGGCUGGAUUCAAGCCCGUCCCGUGGCGAGACAUCGACGAAAGAACUGCCGCGUUUGCUUCUAAAUUUCGCUACAAACGAGCGCGAAACCAUCACGAGCAAAGUCGCCAAUAGAGACCAGCCAUCGUUCAAGCCUGGAUUCGUCCUUGAUGAUCCGCCUUCGAGUGAGAUGUCGUCGCCGACAGAGCUUCAGCAAUCGUAUCAGCUUCCCUUCAUUGCGCCGCGCGUCGUAUCCAAUACAAGUCAGACAAGACUGCCUUUGACGUCUCCUGACCAGCAUUUACGCGCCUCUCAACCCAAAUCAACGUCGCCGUGCACGAGACCUCAGCCGUUGUCUGUGCCUGUGAGCAGAAGAAAGCUUGGCCGCGCGAAAGCCGCUCUCUCGAUGCCAAUCAGACCCUCAGACAAAGCGGUAGCAUCUCUUCGUGAUCCCGAGCCUACCACAACAGUAAGCAGCAGCCGCGACAGUUUCUCAGAGGCAGUCAGCGAGAGUGUCUCAGAGGCAGUCGGCCCAGAGGCCGGCGCCAGACGACGGAGCCCUGUAUGCUUGCAGUCUGGCUCUACUUGUCGCCGUGUGAAGAAGACCAAAAGAUCUGCUAAGCAGCAUCACAUGCUGACAAAGGCAUUCGCUUGCCAAGCUAAUGGGUGUGACGCUGCCUUUGCCAGAUGGGAGCACCUCGCCCGACAUGAAAAGAUGCACACAAAGGAGCGUCCUUUCGGCUGCGACUUUCCCGGAUGUGGCAAGUUUUUCAGCCGAAGUGACAACAUGAUGCAGCAUCUUCGGAUGCAUUACCGCAAUAUGCCUGGUAAAGUCACGCCGAUCGGCACGCGUUCGAAGAUAUGA